CAAGUGUCAUCUUCAUUGGAAUUCUCCUUUUGUUGUUAAAGGUAGAUUUUUAGAAUAUGACCAUAGAGGAUCUUCCUGACCUUUCCACAGAAGGAAACUCAUCAACAAGAAGAUAUCCAUAUUUCAUUCCAGGCUCUGAACGUUCUGUUAGCUAUUCCGUUUCUGCUGCUCCAAUGCCUUCUGAAUGUGAGUUCUCCUUUUUUGAUCCCAAUGAUGCAGUAUGCCAGGAAAUUCUUUUUAACCCCAAAACAUCAGUCUCUGAACUAUUUGCUAUCUUAAGACAGUGGGUCCCUCAAGUUCAACAGAACAUUCAUAUCAUUGGGAAUGAGAUCAUUAAGAGAGGCUGCAAUGUGAAUGACAGAGAUGGAUUGACUGACAUGACUCUUCUUCAUUACACGUGCAAGUCAGGGGCUCAUGGUAUUGGUGAUGUUGAGACUGCUGCCAAAUUUGCCUCACAACUUAUUGGCUUGGGUGCAGAUAUCAGUUUGAGGAGCCGUUGGACGAAUAUGAAUGCAUUGCACUAUGCUGCUUACUUUGACGUUCCGGAGCUUAUUAACGUUAUUUUGAAAAAUGCAAAGCCCAAAGAAGUGGAUGCUACUUGCAGUGACUUUGAUUUUGGAACAGCUUUGCAUAUUGCUGCCUUCAACUGUUGCACAGGAGCUGUAAAGUGUUUAUUGGAACAUGGAGCCAAUCCUGCCUUUAGGAAUGACAAAGGGCAGACACCAGCAGAUGUGGUUCCUGAUCCAGUCGACAUGCCUCUGGAGAUGGCAGAUGCAGCAGCAAGUGCUAAAGAGAUCAAGCAGAUGCUCCUAGAUGCCGUGCCUCUCUCAUGUGACAUUUCCAAGGCUAUGCUUCCAAAUUAUGAUAAUGUCAGUGGUAAAACCAUGCUUGGAUCACUUGGUCUAAAGCUGGGAGAUCGAGUUGUCAUUGCUGGACAGAAGGUUGGCACAUUAAAAUUUUGUGGCACAACGGAGUUUGCCAGUGGACAGUGGGCUGGCGUAGAAUUGGAUGAACCUGAAGGAAAAAACAAUGGAAGUGUUGGAAAAAUUCAGUACUUCAAGUGUGCACCAAAACAUGGUAUCUUUGCACCUCUCUCUAAAAUAAAUAAAGCUUCAGGACACAAAAAGAAUUCAAGAACUUCUUUCUCACGACCUUUGCCUGUAAUAAAGUCAAAGAAAAUUGAUGUGAAACAUAUUACUUCCAAAGUGAAUUCUGGCUUAUCUACAGUGAAAAAGGAGACUACUACAGAAUCCACAUUUUUGGGAAGUGAAGAAGGAAUGAAAAGUCCAACUGGUAAAGAAGCAGCUUCUCUUGGAUCCAGCAGUUCCUCAUCUUCUACUACCUCUUUGGAAGGCAAACAGAAUUGUCCCAAGAAAUGGAAUUCCACAAGUAAUAGCAGAAAAGAAAACUUUAAAGCCCAUUCCACUGCAUCUAAAGUCAGCAUUAGAGGAAAUAGUACCUUUCCAUCUGCAAGAAGGAAUCCUUUUGAAGAGGGAGAAAUUCAGAUUGGAGACAAAGUGCUGGUAGUAGGGCAGAGGACUGGAAUAGUUAGAUUCUAUGGGACAACAAGGUUUGCACCAGGGGUUUGGUGUGGAAUAGAGCUGGACAAGCCACGUGGCAAGAACGAUGGUUCAGUUGCAGGCGUGCAAUACUUCAGCUGCCUCCCAAGAUAUGGGGUCUUUGCGCCACCAUCCAGAGUGCAGAAGUUAACAGGUUCAUUAGAUUCUCUGACAGAUGUUUCAUCAAGUAAAAUGAAUAAUUCUUUCCCUGGUUUUCGACGAAGUUUCAGUACAACUUCUGCAUCUUCCCAAAAAGAGAUAAAUAGGAGAAAUUCCUCUGUCAAGUCAAAAAACUCUGCCCUACGGCGCAGUUGGAGCAACACCACAGCAAUGAGUACCGAGAGUCCUGUGAAGCUGCAUGAGGGUUCCCAGGUCCUCCUAACCAGUUCCAGUGAGAUGGGCAUAAUUCGCUACAUUGGUCCUACCGACUUUGCUCCUGGGGUAUGGCUUGGUCUGGAACUGAGGAGUGCCAAGGGCAAGAACGACGGCUCAGUGGGGGAGAAGCGGUAUUUCACUUGCAAACCAAAUUAUGGAGUGUUGGUGCGGCCCAGCAGAGUAACCUAUCGUGGGAUUAAUGGGGUGAAACUUGUGGAUGACAUCUGCUGAAUCAUAAUGCUCCAGAUUUGAGACAAGAGUCUGCAAAGUAAAGCACACAAAGGAAUCCAGCCAUCACCUGCAUGGCAUUCUGUUCUAUCUAAAGUCCUAAACAUGUACGCCUAUAAUGCAUACAAAGCAAUAGCCAGAUCACAGAUGCAUUAUUACUCUGAGGAAUGAAAUGGUAAUAGCUUUUCCUUUCAGAACAGCCCUUGCCUGAGAGCUGGUUGCAGAAAAGACAUCUUGGAUGUGAGAUGUCACAUUGUUGGAAUAAUAGACUGUUUCUCUCUGGUUCCAUUUUGGCUUGGCUUGCCUCUUCACAAAUGAGCUUUUCAUCCCAUAUUCUAAUGAAGCUGUAAUGCUUUACAUUCUGCAACUCAAGAGCUUGUUAAACAAAACAGUAGUGUCUGUCAGCCUCUGAAACCAUCUUGGCCUUCUCUAGAAAAAAAAAUGAAUACCCAUAAAGAGAGAGGGAAACUUGACAGUAUUUAAGAAAAAAAAGGUUGUGAAAAACUAGUAGUUUAUUAUUCAGACAGCUUCCCUAAAGCACAAAGUAACCAACUGAAAAGUGUCUGAAGAGAAUGGCUGCUUCAGUGCUACAUACGUGAGCAGACUGAAUAAAAAAGGGGAAAAGCUAAUAAACAGCACAAAUAUUUUCAGGUUUGUAGUAAAAGCACUUUUUUACAGUAUGUGUGUGUGUGUAAAAAAAAGAUAGCAGCAUGCUAGAAGCACUUUUGGAAAUAUUGUUGGAACAAGUAUUAUGCACUUUUAUUUCUCCUAUCUGGAGAGGUUUCCCCCAGAUAUCUUGCUGGGGGGAAUCUUUUGUAUGCUGAGGCUUCACACUAUAAUAUAGCAGUGUUCUAUAUGCAUUAAAACAAAAAAAAACUCUAUUCUCCAACCAGAUUGGCCAGUGAGUCACUUUGGUGCUGCUUGCAUGCAAGAUACCCCUCAGGAAACAUGUGUCCUCCUAACAUGGGAUGAGAACAUUUCCUUCAGUUGGAGCAUCGAGAACUAUGGCCUAAGCUUCAUUAGUAUCCCAGGGCAGUCCAAUCAAUGCAACCUUCUGGUAAGAAAAGCUGCAGAAAACCCCAGAGCAAUUCCACAGGGGUUAGCUGUCAGUUUCCCCUCUCUCCUAGCACAGGCAUCCAUAGGCAACUACAGCAGGAGGAUCAUUAGGCCAUAUGGCAGUUGCUCAGCAGGCUGAGAGGCCACCACUUGCUGAUGGAGAGUAGAAAAUUAAGGUGGACUGAGAAUUUGGUGCUUUCAGACCCAAUACCAGUAAAUCUUUGGUGUUUUGUACAGUGCAAUAAGCUUCCUAUAUCACUGCAGGCCCGUUUUUAGAACAGCUAGUCACAACAUUGCAUUUAAUUAUUUCAUGUGUCCUAGCAGUCCUUGCCUUUGUUUUUGAUAUAAUUGCUACAUUGUUUCCUAGACUUUAGAAGGAUCCUAUGUUAAAACUGGUGUGUCUUCUAGGAAGCAGCAUUUGAGGAUACGAUAAUGAUAACUUUGCAGUAACAUGCCUUUCUGAAAUAACUGGCUGAUUUAUAAAUUAAUUUUAGUGCAUAUUGAAACAUCAUAUAUUUUAAUUGCUCAGCAUAUUUUAACUGCAAUCAUAUUAACUUCAAAACUGCAGAAGCAACAAAAGGACUUCCUCAAUAGGAAAAGGAGGCUAGUCUAAUUGUACUUGAAAGUUAAAUGAUAUCAGUUUUCUAUUUUUAGACUGAAUUCUAGCUGCUUGUAAAAGUGUAUUAUAUUUUAAGCAUUGCUAGAACUAUUUUUCCCAAGCUAGAAUAUUGCUUUCUAGUUAAUGGAAGAAAUUAACUAAAGAUAAUGGCUAUAACUUGCAAUUCUAAGCAUAUUUUAAUAUGAGUAAUCUGAAAAUCAGUGAUGUGUAGUUGAGGAUGCAGAUGUAUUUUGAUGCACUGAACCUGGCCAUAUUCGGCAUCUGUUUCCUUGGUGUUUAGAUUUCUUUUGUUAUGAACCUGCUGUUGAGAGUUGUUUGGAUUUAAUGAUAUCCAUUGCUUUUGGACGAUGGUAGAUUAUUUUGAAAUACUGAAAAUUGGGUGUUCUUUUUGGGGGGCAGGUAUCACUUUAACAAAAUAUGUAUCUACAGUGGAGACUGAGCAGCAGCUGUAAUAAAGAAAGUGUUUUAACUUA